CUUCUCGAACGUACCAGGAACUGCGUCAUCAUAACGCGACAGCAGCCACGACCUGGCGGGAAAUUCAACUCUUGUGAGCGCGAGCGUUUCAGGACCCAGAACAUCAAGACCCUCAUGGAGUGAAUACACUGAGCACCGCCCCAUCAUGGCUCAAGACUUCAGAUGACACAUUAACAUUGCUGCACAGAAUGAGACCCAACAAGUGGGAGCUGGGCAGCUCAAAGAACACGGAGGUGGCUAUACCCUCUUUUGAAAGGCAUACAGCAACUAUUUUGUGGCCAUGGUUUCAAAACGAAAAUUGUCCAAAUCUGAUGCUCGUGGGGAGAAUCCAAUUAUAGAGUUACCAGAAGCAAAAAAGUCUCGUAUCUCUGAUAACAAAAAGCCCUCUGCCCAAGAUGGAGUGGUGGAAGAUGGUGGUGUACUUGUGGAACUGCUGAGAACAUCAGGAAUUACACUGAAAACUGGGGAAAGCCAGAAUGAAAUUGCUGUGGAUCAAGCAACUUUCCAAAAGAAACUCUCUCAGAUGCUGAAGAAACACCCGUUCUAUCCACAUGUUGUGCAGGACUUUAUCAGUGGUUUAGAGUCUCACAUUCAGGACAGAGACCUGUUCAGGAACUGUCUUCUGCCUUGUGCUCCUACCCGCAGCGAAGGUGCAAGGAUUAUGGUGCAUUCGUACUGUGAAAGCCUCAUGAAACUACUACUUGGAAUUGAGAUUUUACAGCCUGCUAUUAUAACAUUGUUAUUGGAAAAGCUUCCCGAGUUCUUUUUUGACAGUGUGGGCACCUUUGGAACCAAUUUUCCUCGGCUCAUUGUUAAUCAGUUUAAGUGGCUUGAAAGGGUACUUGACAGCAAGGAUCUCAUCAGCAAGUUAAUGCAGAUGGUCAGUGUUUCUCCUGCACCAAUCCAACAUGACAUAAUCACCAGUUUACCUGAGAUCCUGGAAGAUUCCCAGCAAAGUGAGGUUGCCAGAGAGGUUAGCUGUUUAUUAAAACGGGACACGCGACUAACUGUUCCAAUCCUGGAUGCCCUUUCCAGUUUGGAUCUUGAUGCAAGACUGCUGGCUGAGGUGCGUCAGACUGCUAUGUCCAUAGUGCCAGCUGUAAAAUUGGAAGACUUGCCUGUUGUAACCAAAUUUAUUCUUCAUAACAUUAAGGCCACAGAUGCAGAAGAGGUGAUUUCUGAUCUCCGUAAAAACUUGGAUCUGUCCUCAUGUAUUUUACCCAUGCAGAUACUGGCUUCCAAGAACAAGCUCAAAAGCCAGGCCCAAGCAAGUUCCUCUAUGAGCCAAGUAAGCAGUAGUCAAAACUGUGUGAAACUCCUUUUUGAUGUGAUAAAGUUGGCUGUGAGAUUUCAGAAAGGCAUUUCAGAAGCUUGGAUUAAGGCUAUUGAGAACACUGUCUCUGUAUCUGACCAUAAGGUUUUGGAUCUGAUAGUUCUCCUGCUAAUCUAUACUACAAACAUCAAGAACAGGAAGCAAAUUGAGAGACUGCUGAGGAACAAGGUUCAACUGGGCUAUGUGCCAGAGCAGCUGCUGCAGAGCGCCUUCCAAAAUCACUCGCUGGUGAUUAGAGACUUCUUCCCUUCAAUUCUGUCACUGGCUCAGAGCUUUGUGCAUUCUGCAGACUCAUGUGUUGUCUCGUUUGGGAGCUGCAUGUACAAGCAAGCAUUUACAGCAUUUGACUCUUACUGCCAGCAGGAAAUUGUGAGUGCGUUGGUUACUCAUGUUUGCAGUGGAACUGAUGCAGAAGUGGACAUUUCUUUGGAUGUGCUCACUGACCUGGUGACUCAGCAUACCUCAGUGCUGAUGUGCUAUGCUGCCUUUGUGAAGAACGUUUUAGAUUAUACGGAGAAACUGAAUCCCCAGCAAAUCCGGAAGCUCUUCUACAUUCUUGGUGUGCUGGCAUUCAAUCAGAGGCAGGAAGGCAUCUACAUUCAGGAUGAUAUGCAUAUGGUGAUCAGGAAGCGUCUCUCUAGCAGUCACCUUAAGCACAAACAAAUGGGGAUAAUUGGUGCUAUAACCUUGGCCAGCAGUGUGGCAGCAAAGAGAAAUGAAGGAGAUGGGAGUUUGUUGGAAAGAACACAGAUGAGUGAAGAGCACCAUAGGCAGCUCAUCAUCCUGCUUGAUCUUGUGAGCUUCUGCUGUGAACAGACUCCGAAAGCUUUGGCGCUCUAUUACGAUGAACUUGCAAACUUGAUUGAGAAACAAAAAGGAAAUUUGGACUCUCAAAUCCUGGAUCGGGUUGGAAAGAGCAUGGUGGAAGACUUUCCCAAUGACUUUGUGGUGGAUCUCACUCCAGAAAUAGAUGGUCUUUACCCACUCCCAGUGAAGUCCCUGUAUAAUCUGGAUGAAGAUGAGACCCAGGGAGCAAUUGCUAUCAAUCUCUUACCACUGCUAGCACAGAGUGAGUUUGGCAACGUUACUGAGGAAAUGGCAACUGAGAAUCAGAGCAAAAAGGCCGUAUCUCCAGUAUGUCUGUCACCCUCUUUCCGAUUGCUGAGGUUUUAUGUGGCAGAAAAAAACAAUGGGAGCCUGGAAGAGAUCGAUGCGUUGUUAGGAUGCCCCUUAUAUCUUACCGACUUAGAGACUGAAGGGAAGCUGGACUCCUUAUCUAGGCGGGAGCGAGAGUUCCUGUGCUCACUUUUAUUCCAUGCACUCAAUUGGUUCCGUGAGGUUGUGAACUCCUUCUGUCAGCAGCAGGACCCUGAGAUGAAGGGGAAAGUUUUAACUCGAUUACAGAACAUCACAGAGUUACAGAGUGUCCUGGGAAAGUGCUUAGCAGCAACUCCUGGCUAUGUUCCUCCACCAGCUGUCUUUGAUUCUGAAACCUUAGAAGCAGCACCCUCUAUCAGUGCCAUUGGUCCAGCAAAAAAGAAGAAAAAAGGAGGGAAAAACCAAAAAUUUGAUUACAGCAAAAGUUCCUCUCCAGACCCCUCUGAAAUGGAGGAGAAUCUUGAAGGAAUCCAGCCUGAAGCUGAUACAACCCAACUAGAGAAGGAUGCCAGUGAAAGAGAAGCAGUGAUCCCUUCAGUGCAGCUGCAGAGAUACCGUGCGUAUUUUCGAGAGCUAGAUCUUGACGUGUUCACCAUACUCCAUUGUGGGCUGCUAACAAAGUCGGUUUUGGACACAGAGAUGCACACAGAGGCCAGAGAAAUUGUCCAGCUGGGUCCUGCAGAACUUGACUUCCUUCUGCAGGAUUUGUGCUGGAAGCUGGAGCACGUGCUGGUACCAGGCACUACAAAGAAAACUCCUUUCUUAAAGGGGAAAGGCUGCAGAGACCUUGGAUUCUCCCAUCUGUGUCAAAGGUCACCUCAUGCUGUUGUCCAGUGUGCAGUCACACUACUAAAACCACUGUGUAAUCACUUGGAGAACAUGCACAAUUACUUCCAGGCGUUGCUUAUAGAAAACCAUGGGGUAAUGGAUGGACCAAGUGUGAACAUUCAGGAGCACCAGCUUAUGUCUUCCUGUUACCAGAAGUUGCUGCAGACUUUUCGCCUUCUGUUUGCCUGGAGUGGAUUUUUUCAGCAAGAAAAUAAUGAUUUGUUGAUGUCAGCCCUCAAGGUCCUUUCAGACAGACUAAAGCCAGGAGAGACAGAGUUUCUUCUCCUUGAGGAACAGAUCAGUGAUGCUUUUCGCUACUUGUCAAAUUUCCAGCAUAGCAUCCCCAGUUUCCAGUGUGCACUUGAACUCAUUCAGGUCCUGAUUAUCAUUGCUGAGAAACCUUUGGCCAGCUGGAAAAGGGACAAAAUAGCUUCACUAGCAAAACAGUUCCUGUGCCAGUCCUGGAUGCAGCCCAGUGGAGUACGAGAGAAAGGCAGCCAGUUCAAUGAUGCUCUGCAUGUCAUGCUCAGUGUGUAUAUGGAGCACACAGACAACAUUUUGAAAGCUAUAGAAGACAUUGCCAGUGUUGGGGUCUCUGAGCUAAUUAAAUCUGCUAAAGAUGGAUGUUCCUCUACCUAUCCUACCCUGACCAGGCAGUCAUUCCUGGUUUUCUUUCGAGUGAUGAUGGCUCAAUUAGAGAGUUCGGUGAGAAGCAUUCCUGCUGGAAAAUCAUCAGAUUCAAGUGAGGUACAACUAGAGAAGCUGCUGUGCUGGAAUGUGGCAGUGCGGGAUUUCCAUAUCCUUGUUAAUUUGGUUAGGGUAUUUGACAGCAGACCUGUGCUCAGCAACUGUCUGAAGUAUGGCCGCCUCUUUGUGGAAGCAUUCCUGAAACUUGCCAUGCCUCUCCUGGACCACAGCUUUAAAAAGCACAAGGAGGAUGUGCAGAGUUUGCUGAAAUCCUUGCAGCUGAGCACCAGGCAACUUCAUCAUAUAUGUGGUCAUUCCAAGAUUCACCAAGAUGUAGGACUGACCAAUCACGUGCCUUUGUUGAAGAAAACACUGGAGCAGUUUGUAUACCGAGUGAAAGCAAUGCUGGCCUUUAACCACUGCCAGGAAGCAUUCUGGGUGGGCAUCCUCAAAAACAGAGACCUGCAGGGAGAAGAGAUCCUGUCUCAGUCUUCUGAAGUGAGUGACCAAGAGGGUGUAGACAACCAGCAACCCAAAGAAGAUCCUGUCAAGGAGAAAGAUGUUUCAGGGAGCGAGAGUGAAACUGAACAUGAUGACAGCAGUGAGGAUGAUGAAGGGACCUCCCAAAACUAACAGCAUCCCCAUGUGUUUACCAGGGAAUAGAUGCUCAGUAUUCCCCAUUCGAGUCUGCACCUGCCACAGCUGAUAGACUCCAUGGUUUAGAGGCUGCAUUCUCAUAAUGGCCUGGGUACAUUCUGCAGCAAUAAAGUCAAGACAGCUUCCAGCCAAGUUUGCAUAGAAUGAAGUUUAGGUGCCUUGAUGUUGCUUUUUAUCUGAGUUUUAUACCUAGGCACUAUGAAUGUCUAGCCUAUAUGUACAUUUCUGUUGUUCUUGCCUCCAGAUUUCCCCAAUUGUUUCCCAUAAGUUCUUCUUUACCUUUCAAAUUAGUUUUUCUGCAAAAAAAUUACCUUGUUUGUCAAUUUAUUGAAUAAAAUUGAAAUUCCUGCCUUUG